AGCAGUCGAGCAUGCUCUUACAAAGUGAAAUCCAACGCCACCAUGAGAGGAAGCAUAGGAGGAAGAUUAGCGAGUAGCAGUAGCAGUAGCAGCGCCAAACAGUCCCUUUAUCUUUCUUCCUCUGCUUUCUCCACAUUUUCCGGCGGAGGCGGCAGGGGUCGAGGACGUGGUCGAGGUUCAGGUCCCUUCGACUCUCCAAGCUCCUCUCAGGUUUCCCCUCGGACCCCCGGAAAACCCGAUACUACCGGUGCCGACGACGCCGAAGCUGACGAUUCUUUCCUUCCUUCCGGCCUUGGUCAUGGCAGAGGUAAACCAAUUCCUUCGACCCCAAUUCUCCCUUCAUUUUCUUCAUGGGUAUCUGGCAUGCGUCCUUCUGCUGGUCGUGGCGGCCGUUCUACCCAGCAGCAAUCCGAUUCACAUCCAUCCGAGCCUCAAGAUUUUCAACCCAAGAAACCAAUUUUCUUUUCUCGGGAAGAUCCACAGGGGCCAUUGACCCAGAAUCCUCCUAUUAGCGAACCUGGUCGAAGCCCGGGGGGGAUUGUUCUUCCGUCAAGUCUUUCGUCGGGGUUACCUGGUGCCGGACGCGGAAAACCGCCAAAGCCAUCGUUGGGCCCCAGUGAGACUUCUGUUAGCGAAGAAAAUCGACAUCUUCGGCCGAGAAGAGAGGGAGUUGCUGUUGGGUUGCAGGAUAGGACUUCUCCAAGCCCGCCAAGGUUGAGCCGCGAAGACGCAGUUAAGAAGGCGGUCGGAAUUUUGCGUAGAGGAGGAGAUGGUAUGGAAGAGGGGGGAAGAGGAAGAGGAACUAGAGGAAGAGGUGGUCGAGGACGUGGAGGAAGAGGAGUGCAAGGCUGGAGAGGAAGAGGUGGAAGGUCUGGCGGUCGAUUCCGUGACUUGGAGGAUAAUUAUGGAACUGGUCUUUAUCUUGGUGACAAUGCCGACGGGGAGAGGCUGGCUAAUAGACUAGGAACGGAGAAUAUGGAUAAGUUGGUUGAAGCAUUUGAAGAGAUGAGCUACAGUGUGCUUCCUUCACCAAUGGAUGAUGCUUACUUGGAUGCUGUCCAUACAAAUAAUCUGAUAGAGUAUGAGCCAGAGUAUUUGAUGGGGGACUUUGAGACAAACCCGGAUAUUGAUGAGAAGCCUCCAAUUCCUCUUAGGGAUGCUUUAGAGAAGGUGAAACCAUUCUUGAUGGCUUAUGAGGGAAUUCAGAGUCAAGAAGAGUGGGAGGAAAUUAUGAAGGAAACAAUGGAGAAACUACCAUAUAUGAAGGAGCUUAUUGAUAUCUACAGUGGUCCUGAUAGGGUAACUGGAAAGCAACAACAACAGGAGUUGGAAAGAGUUGCAAAAACUCUCCCUGAAAAUGUGCCAUCAUCGGUAAAGUGUUUCACUGACCGUGCUGUUCUGUCUCUUCAGAGCAACCCAGGCUGGGGGUUUGACAAGAAAUGCCAAUUCAUGGAUAAGCUUGUUUGGGAGGUUUCUCAGCAUUACAAAUAGCAUAAUAACGUGUUGUUACAAGUUUGUGAAAAAUCUUCCAUCCUCAGAAUCCCGUACAGUGAAUUUUGGAAUGUCAACCUUGGGUACAAGGGAUUAUUUUCAUCUGAUUUGAGGUCAUCCUUUUCUUUUACCUUUUAAAUGCCAAGUUACUAAUGGGCACUCCUACUUGGGAAAGUUUGGUGGGUUUAUAUUGUUAUCACUUCAUUCUGUCAGAUGCUAUGCUUUAUCUAAUGUUAACUCUUGGUCACUGAUCUUCCCAUUACCAAAUUCUGUCUUUGGCCAAGGCAGACGGAUCUUUUGUUUGACUGGACUGCAUGGUAACUUUACCAACCUAAUAACUUAAGUUGCUGACAUUUUUAUACCUA